AUGGCGCCUCUAAUGCCGCAGGCCCCUCACAAGGAUGACUUGAAUGAAACGUGGAUGUUCCUGGAGAAUGGCAUCAACAAUGUUAUGGUCAAACUGGAAGAGGGGGUGGACAUGAAGAACUACAUGGCUCUCUACACGGCGGUCCACAACUUUUGCACCUCACACAAAGCGGUUAGCGGUCAUGCUUUGCAAUCACAGCGCGGUGGUUCGUCUAAAUCUCCUUCGGCUCCCGAUGCACCUCACAAAACAACGCAGAAUCAGCUGACCGGUAAUCCAGCACACUUGCUCGGAGAGGAACUCUAUAAGAAACUUGGAGAAUACUUGUCGCGCCACCUUGAGUGGGUUUACAACGAAUCGACAGGUCAUACCGAGGAAGCUCUACUCUCGUUCUACAUUCGUGAAUGGCAACGGUAUACAACAGCCGCCAAGUACAUCAACCACCUGUUCAGAUACCUGAACCGCCACUGGGUGAAGCGAGAGAUUGAUGAGGGGAAAAAGAACGUCUAUGAUGUCUACACCCAGCAUCUGGUAAAGUGGAAGGAGGAUUUCUUCCUCAAGGUGCACGAGAAGGUCAUGGGUGCCGUCCUCAAGCUCGUCGAGAAGCAACGAAACGGGGAGACUAUUGAGCAGUCGCAAAUCAAGAGCAUUGUCGACUCAUUUGUCUCUCUUGGGCUCGACGAAACGGACCCUACAAAAUCUACCCUUGAAAUCUACCGCUAUUACUUCCAGCGACCAUUCCUUGACGCUACUAGAGUCUACUAUGAGGAUGAGUCGCGCCAGUUCGUGGCUGACAAUAGCGUUGUUGAGUAUAUGAAAAAAGCAGAAAUCCGUCUCGAAGAAGAGAAGGCUCGUGUUGGACUCUAUCUGAACAACGAUAUUUCAAAGGACCUUACUAACACCUGCUUGGAUGUACUCGUCACCGCCCAUUCGGAGCUUCUCCGUGAUGAGUUCCAACCGCUGCUUGACAAUGAGCGUCAAGAUGAUCUCGCCCGGAUGUAUCGGCUUUUGUCACGAAUCAAAGAAGGGCUGGACCCUCUCCGCACAAAGUUCGAGGCACAUGUGAGAAAAGCUGGUUUGUCUGCCGUUGAGAAGGUAGCUGCUGAAGGCGACUCUUUCGAGCCCAAGAUGUAUGUCGAUGCAUUGCUGUCGGUUCACACCAGGUACCACAGUCUCGUCAAGGAGGCUUUCAAUGGCGAGUCCGAGUUUGUCCGCUCCCUCGACAACGCUUGCCGUGAAUUUGUCAACCGUAACAAGAUCUGCAAGUCUGGGUCUACGAAGACACCUGAGUUACUGGCCAAAUACACGGAUUCUCUGCUGAAGAAAGGAUCAAAGGCUGCAGAAGAGUCAGAGCUGGAGGAGAUGUUGGUCCAGAUAAUGACCGCCUUCAAGUACAUUGAGGACAAGGAUGUCUUCCAGAAAUUCUACUCCAAGAUGCUGGCUAAGCGUCUGGUCCAUGUGAGCUCGGUAUCCGAUGACGCCGAGACCAGCAUGAUCAGCAAGCUCAAGGAGGCCUGUGGUUUCGAGUACACCAACAAGCUACAGCGAAUGUUCCAGGAUAUCCAGAUUUCAAAGGAUCUCAACAAAAACUACGAAGCCUGGCUACCGACGACAUUGUUGGACGAGGAGGAGCGAAAGAAGAUUGUUGACUCACACUUCCAGAUCCUCGGAACCGGUUUCUGGCCUCUUAGUGCUCCUUCGACUUCUUUUCUUGCGCCGCCCGAGAUUGUAAAAACUUCUGAGAAAUUCGAGCAGUUUUACUACGGCAAGCACAGUGGUCGAAAGCUGACCUGGCUCUGGCAGCUGUGCAAGGGCGAAAUCAAGGCCAAUUACAUCAAGAGCACGAAGGUUCCCUACACUUUCCAGGUGUCUACCUAUCAAAUGGGCAUUCUCCUCCUGUUCAAUGAGAGCGACACUUUGACGUACUCCGAUCUUCAAAAGGCCACUAGCCUUAGCCCCGAAAUUCUCGAUCCAAACCUGAGCAUCUUACUGAAGGCUAAAGUUCUUACAAUCAGCCCUGAAGGAACUAAGCCCAAGCCAGGCUCGACUUUCUCCUUGAACUACAAUUUCAAGAACAAGAAGAUCAAGGUCAACCUUAACAUUCAGAUCAAGUCCGAGCAGAAGGUUGAGACGGACGACACGCACAAGACAAUCGAGGAAGAUCGUAAGCUUCUGCUUCAGUCUGCCAUUGUCAGAAUCAUGAAGUCCCGGAAGAAGAUGAAGCACGUACAGCUCGUGCAAGAGGUCAUCCACCAGGUCAAAUCCCGCUUCCCUCCCCAAGUCCCCGACAUCAAGAAGAACAUCGAAGCCUUGAUGGAGAAGGAUUACAUCGAGCGUCUGGACGGCGAUGAAAUCGCUUACAUUGCAUGA